AUGGCUCAGUACAACGAUGUUUCUAGUAUAGUUAUCGAUUUGGGGUUUGAAAAUACAAAAAUUGGGUAUUCAGGGGAUGAAAAUCCUAAAAAUAUUUUCAGUUCAAAUGUUGGAGUCCCUUUAGAUUUGGAAGAAAAAAUAAAAAAUGAAAUAUAUAGAAAAUGUUUAUGCACAAAAGAUGAAUUUUAUAUGUUUAAUUUAAUAUAUCCCCUAUUUUAUUUACAACCACGUGAAAACAUCACACUAAAAAAUUGUUUAUAUCUAGAUAAUAAAAAUAAUUUUAAUAUUAAUGAAGAUGUUUUAGAAAAAAUACUUUUUAUGAAUAUAAAUGGUGAUAGAUCAGUAUAUAAGUUGAUACAAAAUAGGAUCAAAGGUUUUAUAGGUAACAAGUUAUAUAAACAAACAGACACUGGAAAUGAAUAUAUCGAUGCUGAUAAUAUUAAUGAAAAUGAUAAAAAUUAUACUGAAGUAAUAAAUAACGCCCAAACUGAUUCUGAACAAAAUAAUUAUAAUCAUAUUACUAAUGAUCCAAACAAUUUAAUGUCUACUUUAAAAGAAUGGACUGAAGAAAAUGGCUAUUUUGAUCUUGAUGUACUUGAGAAUAGUUAUAUCGAUAUUUGUGGUAUUAAAAAUAUGUUGAAUAAGUAUAAUAAUGUUAGUUGUGGAUUAAAUGAAAACAUGGAGAAUUUUCCUUAUGUAUUUUCUUUACCUAAUAAAAGAAAUAAACAAAUUAAAACAAAAAUUGCUGAAUUGUUAUUUGAAAAAUAUAAAAUUCCAGCUAUUUAUUUUAAUUCAAAAUCGAUAUUAACUGGAUUUGCUUAUAAUAAAAAAGUUUGUUCUGUUGUUGAUGUUGGCUCUUGUUAUACUGAUUUUUCAAUGUGUAGUGAUGGUAUAAUUGAUGAUAAAAAUUAUAAUAUAUAUAAUAUUGGGGGUACAAGUGUAGAUAUGUUUUUAGAGGAGUUGCUACAAAAAUAUAAUAAUUCAUCUCUUGUUCCAUAUUAUGAAUCUCAUAAAGAAAAAAAUAUGCACACAAAUAAUAAAGCUAGCUAUAAUAGUGAUAAUGUUCAUAUUGAUUAUUAUACCAAAGCAAAGUAUAUCCCUUUAAGAGAUUUAAAAAGUUAUUUAUGUGAAGUAGCAAAUAGUGAAAAUGAAAUAAAUAAAGCAAAAAAUAUGACAUUUAAUGAACAUGUCGAUAUAUAUAUAUUACCAGAUGGACAAAAUAUUAAUAUAACAAAAUUUACUAACAUUGCUUGUGAAAUAUUUUUCACACCAUCAUUAUUAAAUGAAACAGCCAUAAAUAACCAUUUAAAUAAUUUAUAUAUAAAAGAACAAAAUUUUGAAGGUAUACCUACUACAUUAUUUAAUAUGUUACAAAAUAUUAAGUCAAUUGAAUACAGACAAGAUUUACUAAGUAAUAUUAUAUUAACAGGAUCUUCUACCUUAUUCCAAAAUUUUAAUGAAAGAUUUAUCAACGAAUUUGCUAAUUUAGAUAUGAUGAAUAAUGGUAACUUCCAAAAUUAUCAAGUAUUAAAUAAUGGCAAAGAUUUUAAGAAAUAUUCUUCAUGGAAAGGCGGAAGUAUAUUAUCAUCUUUUAAAAACUUCAACUCUUUUUUUGUUACAAGAAAAGAAUAUGAAGAAUUUGGUUUUGAGAUUGUAAAUAGAAAGUGCUAA